AUGAACCAGGAACGGAGACCCAGCCAAGAUCACCAGUACCAAAGCUACCCCAUGCAGGACAUCCACACCCCGCAAAGCAACAACGACAAAGACGACCACCACUCAGUAACCUCCAUCAAAGCCCCCAGAGAACGAUCGAAAUGUCUCCCCUGUUUUAGCUGCAUCCGGUCCACCUGCGGCCGAGUAACCUGCUGUGUCUGUCUGGUUCUCUUGUUGGCCAUCAUUAUCCUAGUGAUUGUGAUCUUUACGGUCCUCAAGCUUCCUGUGGUCGAUUACAUGGGCACUGUCGGUGACCCGGUGUUUACGUUCAAUAAUGGCAAUACGACGUUUGGAGUUGAUAUGGUGGCGAACAUCCAAGUCCAGAACCCUAACCCAAUCGGGUUUAACUUUGAGUUUCUUGACAUCAAGGCGAGAUUUCCAGGGUACGAACCAACAUUGGGAGGAGGCAAUCUGACAAACACAAACUUCCCUAGCAAGUCAACUACCAACGCCACCCUCCCAAUUUCGAUUACCUAUGACCGGAACCAGGACAAGGGCUUCACCAUUAUUCGACAGAUUCUUUCAAAGUGUGGAGUCCUUGGCGGAUCGGAUGGCGAGAUCACGAUCCUUUAUGACCUCAAGGCCAAAGUCAAGAUUCUGGGUAUCAACCUUUCUCCGGAUAUCAAGGACCAGUCCUACAACCUCAAAUGCCCUGUUAACAUCAUGGAAAUCGUCAAGGGAAUUCCUGGAGGCAUUGCAUCGUUCAUCGGAGACCUCGUUGGAUGA